AUGCGCCUCACCUCUCCGCUGAGCUCCGUGCCCCCUCACCCUGCGCCGGACCCCGCUCCAAACACCCCACCACCCCCCCUCCUCCACCAGCCUGCCAUGCUCCUCCAGGCCGUGUUACUGCUGCUGCUGCUGCACUGCUUGGCCUCCACGCUGGGCCAGUACGAACUGUGCAAGUCCCUGGUGAGCACGGAUGAGGGCUCGGUGUGGGAGCAUUACGCGUGCCAGCCCAAACCUGGGUCCAUGAAAGACCACAUGCGGAUCAAGGUGGAUCCGCCCGGGAUCACUUGUGGGAAUCCGCCGGAGAGGUUCUGCACACUGGAGAAUCCAUACCUCUGCAGUGACGAGUGUGAUGCCUCUAAUCCAGACUUGGCACACCCUCCUCAGCUGAUGCAGGACCGCGAACGUAACGGCCUUCUCACAUACUGGCAGACAGUCACAUGGAGACGCCACCCGGAGCCCCUGCUGGCCAACAUCACAAUGGCCUGGAACAAGAGCCUGGAGCUAACAGACGACAUCCAGAUCACCUUUGAAUAUGGCCGACCCACCAUCAUGAUAAUGGAUAAGUCCAUGGACCAUGGGCGCUCCUGGCAGCCCUACCAGUACUUCGCAGACGACUGUAUAGACGCCUUCAACAUGCCUCCAAAACGUGUGCGUGACCUCUCACCCGCCAACAUUACACGGGUUAUCUGCACCGAGCAGUACUCGCGCUGGGUCGGCUCCAAGAAUGAAAAGAAUGUGAAGUUUGAGGUGCGGGCGCGCUUUGCUGUGUUUGCAGGGCCGCGGCUACAGAACAUGGACAGCCUGUACACUCGUAUGGAAAGUAUGAAGGGAUUGAGGGACUUCUUCACCUUCACCAACCUUAGGUUGAGGCUUCUCAGGCCUGCCCUCGGAGGCACCUACGUCCAGAGAGACAACCUGCUCAAGUACUUCUAUGCCAUCUCCAACAUCGAGGUUCCUUCCAGGUGUAAGUGUAACCUCCACGCCUCCCAGUGCCUGCUGCAGGAAGGGAACCUCCAGUGCCAGUGUGAACACAACACCACAGGCCAGGACUGCCAGCGCUGCAAGAAGGGCUUCAAGGCCAAGUCCUGGAAGGCUGGUUCCUACCUGCCCGUACCCAAUGGAACCCCCAACACCUGUACGAUUGCUGGUUCACCCUCCGGUUCUAACUGUGAGUGCUACGGCCACUCCAACCGCUGCAGCUACAUCGACUACCUGAACAUCGUCACGUGCGUCAGCUGCAAGCACAACACCAGGGGCCAGAACUGCCAACACUGCAGGCUGGGAUACUUCCGCAACGCCUCUGCCGAGCUGGAUGAUGAGAGCGUCUGCAUCGAGUGCAACUGCAACCAGAUGGGUUCUGUCCAUGACCGGUGUAACGGCACAGGCUUCUGCCAGUGUAAAGACGGAGCCACAGGGGCCAAAUGUGACGACUGUCUGCCUGGAUACUACUGGAAACAAGGCUGUUAUGCUAACGUCUGCGAUGAGGAGAUGCUCCUGUGCCAGAACGGAGGAACGUGCUACCAGAGCCAGAAGUGCAUCUGUCCUCCAGAGUUUAAGGGGGUACUGUGCCAACAGCCCCGCUGCGAGGCGGGCAAGGACUGCAACGCCGCCUCUUCCCUGCACCCCACUACGGCCACCCUGCUGCUCUGCACUCUGCUAGCCCUCCUGCUGGCCACGUUAUCGCCCCACUGAGCCACAAAAUUUACCCCCCUCCCCUCCCCCAGACCAGGGAGUGCGUGUAUAUGUGUGUGUAGCGGGAUGGGGCCGCCCAAGUCAUGGACCCGACGAACACACAACGCAGCACUCGCAAAAAAAAGAAAUGCGAACACACUCACGCUAACUAGUCCCCGUCUCCUUUCAAAACACACACACAAACACACAACUCACAGGACUGUUACAAAACCGAGUGUGUGCUCAGGUGCAAGAAGGACAGACUGAAAAAAAAAAGGAGUGACCUCAGAGAAAAGAGAUGCAGGUGAAAGGGAAAAAAAUCAUACCAACCACUGUUCCCUUUAUUGCUGAGCUGGAGCAACGUGCAUCAAACCAAAAAGCAUUAAGAAAACACUUAAAUCACCACUGUUUCACUUCAAAGGGAAUGGCUGUUCUUUAAAUACAUGGACCUUUUUUCUUUUUGUUUUUUUCUUGGUUGAGUUAUGGAUCUCGCCCACAUUAAGACUGACAGCCAACGUGUGUAGAUGGUUACAGACAUGUGGACGGGUCAGGAGACGAGAUGCAUUUUUGAUCCUGCUGCUGAGGCCUACAUAGUAUAAUAACCAGGUUUCAUUUCUUCUCUAAAGAUGAGACUUGAUUUUACAUUUAUUCUAUUUCUGCUGCAUUAUUUUUUUUAAUUAUAUCUUCAGUCAUUGUAUCUAAUGUGCCCACUAACAGUCGCUGAGAUUAUACUUAUUAUAUAAUAUCCAGGGGGGGUUGCAGAUUAUAAAAAAAUUUAGUCACUAUUAUGGUUGUUAUAGGAAUGAGUGAUUGUUGCCACACUUAGCGAGAUUUAAUCUUCACACAGUAUUCAGGAAACAGAAUUUAUCAGAAUUUACUUAUCAGAAGUCUAAAAGAGAGAGAAAAGAUAUCAUCCACGUAUCAAUAUUCUAUGACAUUAUUUGAAUAUUUUUUGUAGAAAUUAUUUUUGUUUGGAGUUACAAUAAAUUAUAAAAAAAUGACAUUUACAACUAUUCCAAAUGAGCAUUUUAUUACACUGAGUGUAAACCUUGCAGUAAAUAUGACUGUUAUUUGCCUUCUUGCUUGUACUUUUUUCAUUUAAUCAAAUGUUCACCGUUACAUGCUGUUAUAAUGUCUUCUUUUUUUCAGUGCGGUGAAGAAAAAGAAAGAGCAAGUUGAGACAAGAAAGCCCAAGUCCGUCUUUUGAUUUAUGUCAUUCAUCUUGGACAUGGUGUUUGAAUGCUCUUCUUUGAAAAACAGAUUAUUCCAGUUUAAAUCCAACAGUCUGUCUGACAAUCACAAAGCUUUCCUGUCAAGAGAAUAUAAAUUA